AUGUCUGGUGCUAAAUCACCCCUUUCCGGGUCUGCGAAGACGAGGCGGUGCUGCAUCACUCCCUCUGGUGAAUCAGGGGUGUCUUACAGACACAACCCGUACAGCAGCCCGGUCUGCAGGAGCGACACCAGCACGCCCAAGUGCCCCAACCCGUGCAGACAUCACGCGGAGGGCCGCUGCAACCGCGGCAGUACCUGCAGAUUCUACCACGAAGAGACGCAUAACAUUAUCACAGCGCCGCAUAUAACGCCGAAGCAGCGCUCCAUCACGCCGUUGACGGGCAUUCCACAACUAACAGCGCUGAUGGGCGGCUUCGCCACCACGUCGCCCACCAUACUGGUAGACUCCCCCAUCCGGCCGAAAGGUAACACGGCAACCACCCCGGCGGCAGCGGCUAGCAGCACGACGGCCAAGGCACAGCCGCCAGUUUCAGACGUCGUAGCUGAGGACACGCUGUCCCCCAAAUACGCGCAGGCGCUGUUGGGCUUCGACGUUGGAUUCCCAGUGGUCGACUCUGUGCCGGCAAACGACAGCUUGACGAUGGCCUCGCCGCUCAACUCUAACCGCUACACACCAUAUUGUGGCAGCUUCAGUGGGAGCGCGGACUGGUCGCCAAAGCGGAACUGA